AUGGCUGCGACCUCGAGCAACCCUCGCUUCUCCACCUCUUCAAAUAACACAUAUGUCAUGUCCGGCUCUCCGCGAAAGAACAGCCGGCGGCGGACAGCAGAGGCUUACAUGCCCAAGAUAAUCACAACGGUUGGCCAGCGACCAGCGUGUUUGGUGAACGCUUCCGUCACUUAUGUCGGCAACGAUCUGAUCUACGCUUUCGGAGGCUUCGACCAGUACACCGACGAAGUCUACAACCAUGUUUUGAAAUUGAACCUCUCUGCACGCCAGUGGAGCUUGGUGGAUAACUAUGGCGAUAUUCCUGGCGUGCGGAUGGGCCACACUUCAUGUCUGUGGCAGGGCGAGAAACUGCUGGUUUAUGGCGGGGAGAAUGAGCAUCGCAUUCACUUGUCCGACGUGGUCAUAUUCGACAUUAAGACGGCACAUUGGACACAGCCAGAUAUCAAUGGACCAAUCCCAAGAGGCCGAGCUAGACACUCCGCUGUGAUCUACGACGACAAGCUGUUCGUGUGCGGUGGCAUGAGCGGAACCGACAAUGGCGUCCUAGACGACAUCUGUUAUCUAGAUCUCAAGACGUGGACGUGGAGCCGGACAUGGCGCUUUGUACCGCGCUUCGAUCAUUCCAGCUGGGUUUGGGGAGGCAAGAUUUGGGUGAGCGGUGGCAUGGGCGAGGACAUGGACCGCACGAGCGAGAUUUGGUGGCUGGACUUCAGAGGAUCGCCUGCUUUCGAAGCCGGCCCUUCAUAUGGUAUCGCUGGUUCCGAAGACGCAAGACCAAUGAGUGAGCGAUAUGCCAUGUCAUAUACUGCGCCUUCGCCCUCGCUCAGCACAAAUGUCUACUCGGCAAAUACGAGUGUGCAGUCCAACYCGGCGACACAGAUACAACGUGCACCUCCAGUGGCCCCUGGUGCGAUCAGCAGCGUCAAGUUCAUAUCCUCUCCCAACCUUCCCAUGCAGAAUGUUGGCACACAUUUCCACGUCUUUAGCUCGGGUUGCAUGCUCGACUUUGUCACUCCCGCGACCAACAUGCCGCUGGAAACAUCUCUCUCCGCCCUUGACUUGGAUAAUCUCCGCUGGCAGAAAUUAGCCGAUGGUAAGGACCUCUUCAGCCCAACAUACAGGUGGCAUUACUGCUGCCUAAAUCAAGAUGGGACCCAUGCAUGGCUAUUGGGAUGUCCAAGAGACGUGCGCAGUGCCACUGGCGAGACGGAGGAAUACCUUUCAGAUGUGCUACCUAUUGAUAUGCGAAAGUUUGGCCUUUUGGGUAAUAAGAUGAGCCAAGAAGCCCGCAACGAGCAAAAGGUGCCCACAUCUGACACACAUGCUACGUCGCAUCUAUCUGCGAUCGGUGCGGACUUGGCAAGGACUUUCAACCAGCCACCGGAGAGCGGCUCAGGCACUGAUUUUACCGUCACGGCUUUGAGAGAUGACUCUUACGAUCUGGAGUCACUGUCAGGGGACGACGACUCCUCAAUCUUGGGAGCCGCGGCCAGCGCUGAAAGCAGUAACACCUCCACACCAAUCCACGUCCAUCGUUUGAUCCUCAGCGCACGGUGGCCGCACUUUCAACGCCUCUACAACGCCCAAAUGUCGGAGUUCCACACCCGGAGAAUGCACAUCCCGGAGCCGUAUCCAGCCGUGAAAGCAUUUCUCUACUACCUCUACACGGAUUCAAUCUCUAGCCCGCCCGCGGAGAGCAAUUCAGUCAGUGGACCGACCCUCGAAGAUGUCGCCAAUAUGCUGGUCAUGAGCAACAUCUACGAUAUGCCACGUCUCCGCCAUCUGUGUGUGAAUCGUCUGGUCCGUGACUUGGACGUCCAGCACGCAGCACUAAUCUUCGAUCGUGCCAACACGGCUCAAGAAGACUGGCUUAAGCGUCGAGCCGCGAGCUUCUGUAUGACACAUUGGGGUCGUAUUGUUCGCACAGAUGGCUUCAGGAGACUUAAGAGGUCCGCUAUGCUGGAACUUUGCGAGGGGGUUGAUGCCGAGGGCAGAGUUGUGGGUGGUGAUGAGUUGGAAGCUGUAGGAGGACUUGGAGGUGCGCGACUUGGGAGUGGCAUGGGUGUUUUGUGGGGAAAUGGACGGAAGAGAGGUCGACUGGGAAGUCUUAGCGGGACUACCGUUGACGGAGAGGAUGGCGAGACUGAGGCGGAUGGAGAUGGAGAUGAUGAAGGCAUGGAGUUGUCUUGA